GCCCUCGUGAGCCGUAACAUCCUUCCCCUUUAUUUCAUUUUCCUUCAUACUUUUAAAAAGCCCACACACUACACAAUUUACUCAAAACACAACCGUCCUACUUUCACUGACACUCACCACCGCCAAAUGUUACCGGCGGUUCCUGAGAUCCCCGCGGUGCCAACACCUCCUCCUCCGCGAAGCUAUUGAAGAAGCUACAUUCACUGCAAACUGAAAUGGCUCAACCUCUUAAGCUCAAAGUGUACGGUUUACUGACGAAACUCUCGGACCGUGACACGUAUUCACAAGCCGCAACUGAACUGGACUCAAUCGCCUCCACGUUGGACUCGGCUCUGCUACCGACAUUUCUCUCCUGCAUUCUUUCUACUAAUGCUUCCGAUAAACCGGGAGUUAGGAAAGAAUGCAUCCACGUCAUCACCACACUGUCGUCGUCACACAAUCUGUCGCCUUACGUCACCAAGAUCGUCAACAGUCUCACACGCAAUUUCCGUGACAAGAACUCCUCCGUCCAGGCCACGUGCAUAAGCACAGUUUCCUCUCUCUCGUCGCGUGUCAGUGCGUCGGCAUUCGUCACUAUUUUGAAGUUGCUGUCCGACGCGCUUUUCACGGAGCAGGAUGUGAACGCGCAGGUCGGUGCAGCGCUGUGCCUUGCGGCGGCGAUCGAUGCGGCGCCUGAUCCAGACGCGGGGAAGCUGGGGAGGAUGUUGGCGAGAUUGGAGAGGUUGGUGAAGAAUGAAGGGUUCAAGGCCAAGGCGGCAGCUUUGGUGGUGGUUGGGAGUGUGAUCGGGUCUGGUGCUGCGGGAGGGGCGGGGCUGACGGGGCUGGUGAGCUGUUUGCUUGGGGCUUUGAGUAGCGAUGACUGGGCGGCGAGAAAAGCCGCCGCGGAAGCGCUUUGGAGGUUGGCAACGGUAGAGAAGGAUUCGUUGGCAGAGUUUAAGGCCAAUUGCUUGAAAGUUUUUGAAAGUAGGAGAUUUGACAAGGUAAAGGCUGUUAGGGAGGUUAUGAAUCAGAUGAUAGAGGCAUGGAAACAAGUUCCAGAUAUAUUUGAUGAGGUUUCUACGCCACCGGAAUCGCAUUGUUCAUCUAAAGAAAAUGCAACUGAUGGAAGAUAUCUAGCCGGAUCCAAGAAUUUCACAGCCAGACUUGAAUUGAAGAGGAAAUCGAUUCCAGCUGGCAAGUCAACUCCACCAGAUAGUUCAUUUUCGACCACUGCUAGGAAGAGAGGUCCCUUGAAGAAAACAAGUCCAGCAACCUUCCAAAAGCUGGAGAAUAAGAAACCUUCCAACUGGAAAGUUGAGAUAUCUGUUCCUAGCUCUGCUUCUUUGACGGAUGCUCAUGAGGAUGAUGUCAAGGAGAGAGAUGGGAAUGUCUUAGAAAGAAGGAACAACGAGAAUACUAGGCUUCCAAAGUCUGAGACAAAACGUGCCCUUUUUAAUAAGAGUUUUGAUGACAAGACGCACAAAUUUGGAGGGUUGAGAUCUGGAUCUCGAGUAGCUCCAUGUCUUGAGAGCUAUGAAAAUACUUCUGCAAUAAGUAACAAUUGUGUGAAUUUGCAGACAAAUCAUAAAGAUUGUGAAGAUUUAUCUUUGAUCCGCAAUCAACUUGUUCAGAUUGAAAAACAGCAGUCUAAUCUACUAGAUCUCCUUCAGAGAUUCAUUGGUAGCUCACAAAAUGGGAUGCACUCUUUGGAGACACGAGUUCAUGGCCUUGAGCUGGCACUUGAUGAAAUAUCGUAUGACUUGGCUGUAUCAACUGGACGGAUGACCAAAACUGACUCCCAUGGAACCACCUGUUGUCUGCUGCCUGGUGCAGAAUUUUUAAGCUCCAAAUUCAGGAGGAAGACAGAAAGCCGAAGUUCAACCUCAAGAGUUACUAUUUCUGGUGGCGCCUCAUCAUUGAGUGCCAUGUGUCACAGAACUGAUAUUAGCGGCAAUUCUGAAAUGCAUAAGUCGCAGAAUCGUAGGUUGAGGUAUCAGGGUGGUGGUUUCAUUGUGAAUCCAUUAGCAGAAAUUUGCACCGACUCAAGAGGUGUAGCAGAGUUGGCACGUCAGUAACUAGUGGAAUCAGUAGGUGCAAAGUUAGCAGGCCAUGAGGAAAUCAUUAGGCGCCUGAUUGUACGGGUAAUAUCAGAGGCCCAUACUUACUGGGCGCAUGGAUGCAGAUUUUUCUUUUUCUUUUGGCCAAACCACUAUUUCCCACCCAAGGUAUGUUUUUUUUCCAAAUUCCCCUUUGUUAACUUUAAAAAUCCAAUUUACCCAUCUAUGGGCUGUUAAAAUUAACUGAGUCCAUUAGUCAUAUCAUUUUCUCCCUCAAAACCCUAAAAUUAAUAAUUUUCUCCCACCCCAAGUUUUCAAAAACUGUAUUUUUCCCCUAGAGUUUCCAAACCUUCAGAUCCUAUUUUUCUGAUGACGACCAGCGAUCUCCAAGCAUCUAUUCUCCCUCUCCGAUUGCCUCUCCUUUUGGUCGUACAUCUCCUGAUGCCGUGGGGUAUUGUUGUUGACGAAGACACGUCGUCUUCAUCGACGACGACGCCUAAGAGGGGAAGACGUCUCACUGCCAAAAAGAGGAGACGCUGGAGAGGAAGAGACGUCGUCUGGAGAUCGUCGAUUGUUGUCGGAAAAUUCAAUCCGAAAGUUUGAAAACCCUAGGGGGGAAAAUGUUGUUUUUGAAAACUUGAGCUAGAAAAAAAUUGUUAAUUUUUAGGGUUUAAGGGGAAAAAUAAAAUAAAAUUUAAGUUUAUUUUUAAUAUUACAGAUAAAAUAACGAUUUUACUCUUGAAACCAUUUUUUUUAACAGCCUAUGAAUAGGUAAAUUGGAUUUUCAAAGUUAAUAGGGGGACUUGAAAAAAAAGCAUACCUUGGGUGGGAAAUAGUCCUUUGGCCUUUUCUUUUUCAAUUUACUUACCCAUGAAAGUAGCCCCCUUAGCUUAGCACAUUUUUUUCCCCCUUAUUUUGCAAGUAAAUUGAAGACCGAAAGAGGAGACUUCACUUGACACCAAAUAUUUCCACCACCGUAUUAAGUGUGAGAUGUGUAUAGAUUAGGGCAGCCCUUUUUCUCCUCUCCUGAUGAUGGCUACCAAGUCAUUUUCUUUUGUUGUUGCUUGGAUAUUGCUUGAUAUGAAAUGGAGAUUAUGAUCGUGAUUAAUUAUGACA